ACCCCCCCAGCCCUAACCUCAAUUCAUUUACAAAUAUUAUGAUACUACAAAAAACCAAAUACGAUCGUACCUUACCACCACACACAAACAAAAGAAAAGAAAAGAAAAUAGGAGAGGACGGACAUGAGUAAGCGAAAUCUGUCAUGUCUUUGUCCCUACCUUCUCUUGUCGUUUCUUACCUGCUCCUCAUCUUCUUCCUCCCCGCCGUCGCCGGCGGCCCCCCAUUGCUCUUAAGCUGCGGCAACCCAGACGGCGGCAACGACGCCGACGGCCGUGCCUGGCUGCCCGACGACCCCUACCUCGUCUCCGGCAGCAACAAUGCCAUUGCCCGGGCAGAUUCCCAAGACCCUUCCUUAUCCUCCACCGUGCCCUACAUGACUGCCCGGAUCUUCCAAUCCCAAGCAACCUAUCAAUUCCCCCUUCCUCAACAAAAUCAAAAUCCUCCUCCCUCCCGUAUCCUCCUUCGUCUCCAUUUCUACCCUUCUUGGUACCCUCCACAUUUCAACAUCUCCAAUUCUUACUUCUCCGUCCUCGCCGGAGGCCUCACUCUGCUCAGCAAUUUCAGCGCCGCCCUCUCCGCCGAAGCCCUCUCUCAGGCCUAUUUCAUCAAGGAGUAUUUCCUUGCUCCAUCCCCUGACCCCAAUUUCAAGCUCACCUUCAAGCCCUCCGACGAUUACCCUUCCUCUUUCGCGUUUGUCAAUGGCAUCGAGCUCCUUUCUGCACCCCCGGUCUUCGAUAAGGAUCCUAUGUUGGCCGGCACUGCCGCAUCUGACAUCGAUUCCCAAUCGGCUUCCACCUUCCCGAUUGCCUCCAGCAGCCUGGAGACGAUGUUCAGGGUGAAUGUCGGCGGGAUGUACAUCCCUCCGACGAAAGAUUCCGGCGGCCUGAUGAGAAGCUGGUACGACGACAGCCUCUACAUCUACGGCGCCGGACAGGGAGUUGCUUUGCAGGCUAACGCCACUGUCGCGUACAAGGACUUGCCGCCGUACAUGGCGCCAUUGGACGUUUACAGGAGUUACAGAUCCAUGGGAGCCUUUAAGGAUGUGAACAUGAAUGCGAACCUGACAUGGCUAUUUCAAGUGGACCCUAAUUUCAUGUACCUGGUCAGGUUCCAUUGGUGCGAUUCCGAGAUGACGAGGCCUAACCAGAGAGUCUUCGACGUCUACAUCAACAACAAAACUGCAGCAGCGGAAGUGGACGUGUUUGCCUGGACGAGCUCCAUUGCAACUCCGAUUUACAGGGAUUAUGUAGUUCGUGUUAGCAACAGAAGUGCCGACACUCAUAUCUGGGUGGCUCUUCAUCCCAUCGCCGCCACCAAGGCCGAAUUCAUGGACGUCCUGCUCAACGGCCUCGAGAUUUACAGGAUCAGUGAUGCAGCGUCGUCGAGCCUCGCCGGACCUAAUCCCACCAUAUCCGAUAUGAUGAAGAAGUACCAGGAAGCUCACAUGGCGCCCAAGGCAUUUGCGCAGGAUCCUGACGCAUCAAACUCUUCCAAAGUGGCCAUCACCAGUGUCGCCGGCGGAGCCGCCGCAGUCGGCAUAGCGGCCGUCUUAAUCGUCGCUGCUUACAGGAAGAAGAAAUCUGUUGGUGGACAGGACGCAGGGAAUAGUUGGCUGCCAAUUUCAUGGACAUCGAGCAGCAGCACCAAUAAAUCUUCCACCACAUUCGGCAAAAGCCAAGGAGGAGGUGUGUCGAUUUCGACGGACGCCGCCUCCAAUUGCCGGUACUUCAGCCUGCCGGAAAUCAGAAGCGCCACCAAGAAUUUCGACGAGUCGAAUGUGAUCGGCGUCGGCGGUUUCGGGAAGGUGUACAAAGGGGUCAUCGACGGGGACACCAAAGUGGCGGUCAAGAGAUCGAACCCAUCGUCGGAGCAAGGCGUCCAUGAAUUCCAGACUGAAAUAGAGAUGCUGUCGCAGCUCCGGCACCGGCAUUUGGUGUCUCUGAUCGGAUUCUGCGAAGACCACGGCGAGAUGAUACUGGUGUACGACCACAUGGGGAGAGGGACUUUAAGGGAGCAUCUGUACAACAACAGUAAUAAGGGGAGCAAGACAAGCAGCAGCAGCAGCCUUCCAUGGGAGCAGAGGCUUGAAAUCUGCAUCGGAGCAGCUCGAGGGCUUCACUAUCUGCACACAGGUGCAAAGUACACGAUCAUCCACAGAGACGUGAAGACGACGAACAUUCUUCUGGACGACAAAUGGGUAGCUAAGGUCUCCGAUUUCGGGCUCUCCAAAACAGGCCCCAACAUGAGCAAAGGACAUGUAAGCACGGUGGUGAAGGGCAGCUUCGGCUACCUCGACCCCGAAUACUUCCGGCGGCAGCAAUUGACGGAGAAAUCCGACGUGUACUCCUUCGGAGUGGUGCUCUUCGAGGUGCUCUGUGCCAGACCUGCUCUGAACCCUAAUCUCCCCAAAGAACAGGUCAGCCUCGCAGACUGGGCUCUGCGCUGCGCGAGGAACGACACGCUCCACGACAUAAUUGAUCCUCACCUCAAAGGGAAAAUCACUCCCGAGAGCCUGAAUAAAUUCGCCGAGGUUGCGGAGAAAUGUCUGGCCGACCACGGCGCCGGCCGCCCCACCAUGGGCGACGUGCUCUGGAGCCUCGAGUCUGCGCUUCAGCUGCAAACCAACUUGCCGGCGGCGUCUGCUUCUAAGGAAGCUGAGGAAGUAAUAACAGAUCACAACAGCCUUAUUGCAAUGCAUCGGAACACAUUAAGCCUUGGGGAAGACGAUUACGACAUCAAUGACAUAAACGACAGCAAAACAAGUACAGAUGAGACCUUCUCCAUGUUUGUGAAUCACAAGGGCCGUUAA